UUUUCAGGACCAGCCACCAGCUACUUAAACUGAGAUCAGACCUGCUACCAUGGGGCAGAGACUGAUGGGACACAUUCGGCCAGCUGAAGUUGCCUGCAGCGAUGCAAUAAUAGAGAUGGGCUCGGAGAAGUCUGCGCUCAUUCUCAUCAAACACUGCCGGGACAUGAAGCAACAGGAGAUGCGUCUCAGACUUAUCACUCUGCUCCUGGUGCUCCUUUGUACAGCACUGUACAUUUUUGCCAUCUGUACAGAUUUAAGGCAACAUGAAAAAUCUGGAUCCACUGGACAAGGGAGUGCAGUUGCACAAAGUCCAGCCUACUCCAAGCAAGAGAGAGUGUGUCCAGCAGCUACAGAUAAUCCUCAAAUGAACCCACAAAGAAUGCGCAUUCAUCUAAGGUCCAUGGCUGCAAACAACAACACUGAUAGAGUAAACAUCGAAUGGGAAGUGGUGUUUGGUGAAAAAUACAACGCAGAGAAACGUGCCAUUGUGAUUCCUGAGACAAGCUUCUAUUUUGUCUACGUGAGGAUUGCUUUGAGCUGCCAAGAAAAGGAUAAAGCUGCAAAUUUCACAGGGUUCCAUGUAGUGCUUAACAAAUGGAAUGAAGGUUACAACAAGACUGUAGCCAUGACACAGGCCUCGGAUGGUAUAGCGUGCACUUCACAAGCGUUCAGGAAUGUGUUUGUAGGACAACUUUUUGAGUUGCUGGAAGGAGAUCAUGUGAGUGUGUGGAUCGAAGAGGGCUACAAACUGAUCACAAAAGCAUCAUUUGGUGCUUAUCUUGCAUAGAGAAUGUGCCUUGAAAAGAAUAGGCCUAAUGUGUGUUUAGUGUCACAGUCUUAAUAAUGUAAUGCUUUUUUUUAUUUAAAAUUGGGGUUGUUUAUCAUUCCCUAUCUACAAGCUUUGUAUGUUUUAAAGCAUUUAGUGUCAAGGCUUAAAAUAGUAUUCAGGUUUGGAAGAUAUAAAGUAUAUACACAUGGGUGACAAAUUACAAGUUAUGUUGUUCCACCAGAAGUCUCUGAAACAGCUUCAUUGGUCAUUGACAAAAGAUUCUGCUGGAGGUACAAACACAAUUCUUCCAAAAGAUAUUCACUCAUUUGGUGCGGAGAUGUGGUCUCUCCAAAGUCUCCCAUUGGUGUUCACCUGGGUUGAGAUCUGAAGACUGAAGGCCAUCAGUUUCAUCAGCAUGAGUAAAUGGGUUGCAAAACAUCAUCAUUUAUUUAUUCAGCCUUGUCCUUUAACUUGUCAGUGGACAAUAUUGUAUACAUAUAUAUAUGUGAGUGUGUGUGAGUAUAGUUUUCAUGAGUAAUAUUUAACUGAGACGACAUUGGCUCAACAAUUAAUACAUUUUCAUUGUCUUUGAAGUUUUGAGGUAGUUUGUUUCUUUGUCAUGUAAGUCAGUACACUCAAUUGUGAACUGUCAAAGAAUUUGGAUGCUGGAAAUGCCGGAACUAUGCUCUGUUGUUGAAGUUUAAGGCUGUUUGUUUAUUAUUGGAUUAAUCAUCCAUAAAUCUUACGGUUUUUUUUUAAAUUAACUAUUUAUAAUAAACAAUUGUUGCUAACAAUGUUUUAACAAUGUGAAUUGUCAAUUUCCUUGUAAGUUUAACCAAAUAACAAAAACAUAUUUACCCUCUUACACCCAAUGUUAGUUUUCAUUGCUGAGACCUUUACUGCCACCCCAAUACAACAGAGGUGAAUGGAAUGUCAAAGUAUAGAUAUUUACUUUUAAAGUCAGUCAACAGAUAUUAAUCAGUCAAUUUAAAUGUGGAGUAAGUGGGACAUUGCCUCUGGAAACACAUUUUAGUUUUUCCACAUGAAAUGUCUCAGCACAAAGAAAAUUCCAUUCACCUCCAUUGUACCGAGGUAAAUUGCAGGUUUUUAAAUUUAACAGAAAAAUGUAUCUUAAUGUUAGUUUGUGGCUUUGAAAUAAGGCAACUGUCUCUAUUAUUUAGUUCCUAGAUUAGCCUAGCAUUAGUUUUCACUUAAAUCUUUUUAAAUGAAUUCUAGUAAAAACUGCCAAAAUGAUCUCAUAAAAGCAUAACAGCGUGCAUAAAUAUGUUAGACAGCUAACUAUCAGCAUCUAUUCAAAACAAUGCUCAAAACAUGCUAACUUUAUAGGGGAAGUACAGCUAGUAAUACAUGGCAGCGCUAAUUUUAAAGAAAAACAUUUGUCUACAAGAAGGAUGUAUGGUGAAAAAAAGGGAACUGUAGAGGUUAAUUGUGAAAGUAUGGGUUUGUUUUAGAAAGGUGUCCAUAUGUUAUGUGUACUCAGGGAUUAUUUCAUAAAUUAUGAAGCACUAACUAUUUUUAGGAUUUUUGAAUAAAUGUACAAAAAAGUUCCUGUAUUUUGCUUCUCAUUCUAAGACAAGCAUCAAUUAUAUUCUACUGGUUUGUUUUGUGCAUUCUCAUGGGUGCAUUUGUGUGAUCGCUAUAUUAUAAUGAGUCAGUUUCACUGUAUAACUGUAACCAUGGGAUUAAUUUACUUUUAUGAUUGUUAACUCAACAGGACUCAUUGGAUCAUUUAAAUUGGUCUCCUUACAUUGGGUUUUACUACAUCAGUAUUUUUUCUAUUAUAAUAUUAUUGUUGCAUUAUAGUCCCAUUGUUGCAUUAUGUAUUUAAAUGAACUGUACAAAUUUCAUGUUGACUUUUGUAAUUGCCUUCUUUUUGUGACCUAUGGAUUAUAUCAAGCACCUGUCUGAGUUCAUCUUUCCUUGUAAUCUUGAAGAGCUUGGUCUGAUUGCGAACUAUUGGUUCUGCUGUGGGCCUGUAAAGCCCACUUAGACAUUUAAUGUGAUAUUGGACUAUGCAAAUAAACUGGACUUGAGUAUGUAA